AUGGGGAGUAAAAGGGAUCGCUGUGCCAUGGAAGCUGAGGGCCAUUUGGGAAGUUCCGAACCAUCCGCUGCAUCCAUAGAGUGCCCAGGAGCACCACAGCAGAACCAGACAGCAGCUCCGCAGCCCGUCGCUCAUGUUUUCGACGUUACGAGAGGUGGAUUGGCUACACUUGUGAGGGCUCAAACCGAAAAGCUGGAUGAGAUCAAAGCUCUGCUUGACCAACACCUGGCUAACGACGCCCGCCACCAACGCGAACUCGACUUCCGCCACAGAAUCGCUAACAUCGGCCCCUAUAAAUUAGACGACGACUUGCGGAAGGUCCGAUGCACGGUGUGCGAUACCCAUAAAUGGUCUAUCCCCAGGAAUGAGCGUCCUGGCUUCUUCGAUAGAUUAGGCGUAUUCAGUGUCGGAGAUUCGAUACCUUCUGCAGAAAGGCAACGUGAUCUGAUCGCUUCCCUCAAGGACCAUCUCAAAGUACCGACUCACAAUAGAUGCAUCAGUAUUGGCGAGACGGGCAGAACGCGUACGCGACGGAGCGAGGCCCUGGCGGUGGCUCGCACUGCUUAUUUCAAUGUUGUCGAAGGUCACAGCCACAGAGAGUUUGAGAGAUUGCUGGCCUUGCAGGCCGUGAAUCAGAUACUUUUGGGGGAUAAAAAUCAUUCUCGGGUUCAUUUCUUGCCGCAGUUCAUUGAUGCUAUGGUCCACGAGCUUAGGGCAAGAAUAGUUUAUGCCUUCGAGUCCCCACAACGGUGCUUCAACAUGAGACCAAGUCCUAUGGCAUCAUCAUGCGACAAGCUGACAACUCAGCGUCGUACUGUUCAAACCACCUGUGCUAUCACCUUGGUGGGAGAGCAGUCGCCUACUUACUAG